CGUCAUGGCUGCCGCGUCCCUGGUGGGGUGUUGUGUGAGUCGUGGAGUUUGUUGAUAAACACGCAGCAGGGCAGUCAUGACCACCUCUCUGCUGGAGGCUUCUUGACCCUAUACCUCCUACCACUCACUCUGAUUUUGAUGUUAUGGGUUUCGACCUGACAAGGUUCCAGGGGGAGGUGGACGAGGAGCUGCUUUGUCCUAUUUGCUCAGAAGUUCUGGAAGAUCCACUCCAGGCCCCUUCAUGUGAGCAUGCCUUCUGUAGCGGCUGUAUCAAUGAGUGGUUAUCCAGGCAGCAAACUUGUCCAGUUGAUCGCCAACCUAUUACCUCCUCCCAGCUUAAGUCUGUUCCUAGGAUACUCCGAAGCUUACUCUCAAAGUUAUAUAUAUCUUGUGACAACAAACCUCAUGGUUGCACUUCAGUUGUAAAACUUGAUGCCUUGAGUUCACACUUAGAAGAAUGUGAGUUCAAUCCCAAGCGUCCAGUACCAUGUGAACAAGGCUGUGGCCUGGUGGUGCCCAAGGAUGAAUUGAAGGACCACAAUUGCCUUCGGGAGUUACGAAGCUUAAUACAAAACCAAUCAGGAAAAAUUGCUGAGCUACAGCAGGAGCUUGCUGAGAACAAAUACCAGCUCAAUGAACAGAAACGGGAAAUUCAACUCUUAAAGGAUUUUAUGAGAGCCAUGAGAAUCAGUAACCCCCAGAUGAGAGCAAUAGCUGAUCAGAUGGAGCAAGACGAGGUUGUGAGGUGGGCCAGCUCCCUAGCUCGUGCUCGAGUCACCCGCUGGGGGGGCAUGAUCUCUACUCCUGAUGCUAUGUUGCAGGUAGAAAAUGCAUUUAGCCAUGUUCAGGCUGUGAUCCGGCGCGCCUUGAGUGAGUCUGGUUGUCCUCCGCACAUUAUAGACCAGCUCAUGGAGAAUGCCCAUGAGCGUCGGUGGCCGCCCGGGUUGUCUACGCUGGAGACCAGGCAGGUAAUGAAUCGUCGCCACUAUGAGAGCUACAUCUGCAAAAGAGUCCCAGGAAAGCAAGCAGUGGUGGUGAUGGCCUGUGAUAAUCGCCACAUGAACGAUGACAUGCUUCUUGACCCUGGACUGGUGAUGAUCUUUGCCCAUGGUAUUGAAUAGGAAGUUAAAGGUCUGACUGAUAUGGCAUUGACGAUGAGUAAGUUGUUGGCACAGCAGCUUCUCUCACAUAUCCCUCGCUAUAAGGAUGUUCACUAUAUAAAUUAGCUUAUCCAAAAACUUGAAUAUUAAACAUCUUUUAUACCAUCUGAAAGCAAUAUUUGCUUACAUGACCCUCCUCACGUAGGUAAUGUACAGUCCACACCACUUAUAAGCCACAGAUUGGUGGCCUCGAAAUUCCUAACCAGCAACUUCGCUGGGUUCAUCCCUCCCCCACCUUGCAAAACAUACAAACCAUGCAAUUAAUCGGUGCUCAGCAAAGGUGUAAAGUCAACCCGAACACGUUAUUGUGGAUAGGUUUUAGAAACAAUGAAAAUAAUUGUUUUUACAUUAUUUAUCCAUGCUGUGUUCGGGUGUAAGCGUUGACUUCACACGUUGGCUGACCACCGAUUAGUUGUCUAGUUUGUAUGUUACACAAGGUGGGGGAGGGAUGGACCCAGCGAAGUUGCUGGUUAGGAAUUUCGAGGCCACCAAUCUGUGGCUUAUAAGUGGUGUGGACUGUGUCAACUGUAUACAGUACUGUAUUUUAUUUAGUUAAGCAAUUAGUUGAGUACUGUACCAUAAUAUUGUGUUUUUUUGUUGUUCAUGAACAUAAUUAAUUUUUUAGAUAAAUUAUUCUGUAUUUUUUUUUUGUUAAUGAACCAAUUUCAUCUUAUCAGGUAUAAUACUGUGUUGGAGUUUUCUUAUUGUUGGGGAACUUAACCCUAUUUUUCCCCUUUAUAUAAUUAUUAUUAUUUGCUAUCCGAAUGGUUUUCGAGAAACCUAACCCAUUAAUAUAGCGAGGGGUACCUGUAUAUUUCCUCUGGCUGCUAGUCAUAAUCACCCUCAUUGUUACUAAUAUUACAUGCCUAUAAUAUUCCUCAUCAUGGCUAUUAAUUAAUAUGCCACACAAAGUCACAUGGGUCUUUCUCAUAAUGUUUUUUAAACGUGUAGUGAGAUGUAUACUGUAUAUGGGUAGUUUAUGAAAACUUGUGAAUGUACAUUGUGGAGAAAAAAUUAACAGGUAUUCAGUUGUUGGAAUGGUGUGCAAAUUUAGUCAUUUGGGAAUGAAACCUUGUGUUGAAAAGAAAGGAAAAAUGUGGAGGAUCAUUUAAAUGUUGUGAGAAGAAAAUCAAAGGAUAGGAGAAAGUAAAAUGAUAUGCAAAUGAAAUUAACUUAGAUUUUUAUAAUCAGUUGUAUCUGACUGUGUAACCAAGAACCAAAACAGUAUGCAUGUGGGGUAAAUUUUAGGCAUAAUGAUGUGUAUGUACAUAAAUGAUGACUACACUAUAUAAUGUAAUGCACUAAGUAAUAAACAGGAGUGUUAUAGAGAAAUGUGAACAGUUUAGGGAAAAAAUGUAAUAAGCUAGGCUGAUGGUUAAAUACAUUUGAUGUCACUAUUAACUAUGUAUUGAUCUCUUGUAGACCUAAGUUAUGGUUAAAAGGUUCCUCUCCCAGUGAAUACUAGUAGACUGGUUUUUCUACUGUAUUUUAUGUUAUUAUGGGACGAGAAGGAAAUUUCUGAUUGUGGACUUGAGGAUACAAUGUCAAGGUUUUUUGCCAUGUUUUUGUGACAGAUUGUACUUCAGAUGUUCAUGAUGUGAACCCCCCCCCCCACCCCACUGUCUUAAAUGAUAAAUAUGACAUGACUGGUUAUAAGGAGCCUACAAUAUAUGAACAGAUCCUAAUAACAGGUUCCUAUAGCCUGCCUGACUUCCCUCACUGACAUUCCAUCUCACUCAGCAGAGAAUAGUUCCAAGUUUUUAGGCUUUAGCAUGAAUCAUUAUGCCUAACUUUUAGAAAUGUGUGCCUUAUUUACAGGUUUUUGUUGAUGCAUGUGUUUUAGGUAAUUAAAAUCAGAAAAGUGGGUGAUUUUGUAGAUAUUGUGUUUAUUUUCUGUAGCUGUUAGAGUUUCUCUUAUCCUAAGGUUUAUUCUAGUAGCAGUAGAAAAAUUAGGACACAUGCCUAGUUGAGUUACCUGCCUGUAGAUCCGAUAAUGUAGGGAGUGAGCGUUGCACAAAUGUAGUAAUUUGGCAAGUGUGUUUCAAGGGCAAGAUGUGCAUGGUAGUGUUGAGUGUGGUCUAGCACAGAUGUCUUUAAUAGUUAAGUUUUUAGAGAUUAACUUGCGAACAAAAUGAAGUGCAAUUUUUGUUGCUAUUUGUUUAAAUAUAUUCAUUCAAUA